AUGGAGAUCUACUGCGAGCGAGUGCGUGAUCUGCUCAACCCUAAGAGUAAAGGAGCGCUGCGGGUGCGAGAGCAUCCUAUCAUGGGCCCGUACGUGGAGGACCUGUCCAAGCUGGCCGUCACCUCCUAUCAUGACAUCAGAGACCUGAUGGACGCCGGGAACAAGGCCCGGACGGUGGCAGCCACGAACAUGAACGAAACCAGCAGCAGAUCACACGCCGUCUUCACCAUCGUCUUCACUCAGCGCCGCCGAGAUCAGCUGACCAGCCUCGACACGGAGAAGGUCAGUAAGGUGAGUCUGGUGGAUCUGGCGGGCAGUGAGCGAGCGGAUUCCUCCGGAGCUAAAGGCGUGAGGUUAAAGGAAGGUGCUAAUAUCAAUAAAUCUCUGACCACGCUGGGGAAGGUCAUCUCUGCUCUGGCUGAAAUGCAAAACAACAAAAGAAGGAAAAGUGAGUUCAUCCCGUACAGAGACUCCGUGCUCACCUGGAUACUGAAAGAGAACCUGGGUGGUAAUUCUCGUACGGCUAUGAUUGCGGCUCUCAGUCCUGCAGAUAUUAAUUAUGAGGAAACGCUCAGCACUCUCAGGUAUGCUGACCGUGCCAAGCAGAUCCGUUGUAACGCUGUAAUUAACGAGGAUCCAAACGCUCGUCUGAUCAGAGAACUGAAAGAGGAAGUGAACCGACUCCGAGACCUGCUGCUGUCUCAAGGACUGAGCCGGCUGGCUACUGCUCCAGCUGCUGAAGUCAAUAAUAACCAUGUGGGCGUCACUCUAAUGCCUGCUGACCCCGCCUCCAACGGAGUCCCGCCCACUUCCACACCUGUCCCGAGAGAAGGCCCCGCCUCUGAGAGUGACCCCGCCUCUCUGGAUGGCCACACCCAAUUAGAAGAGUUUCAGGGCGAGAUGAUCACCAAUGAGGAGGCAGUGGAGAGACUGAAGGUAUGAGAGGGCGGGGCUACGGUGGUGGGCGGG